AUGCAGGCUUACCACGUUCAACGUGCCGAACCAACAGGAUUUCAAGCCUUGGUUAUUUACAAUUCAGAAGGAAAACCUCCAAUUGAUAUGGCUGGUAGUAAAUACGCUGAUUCGGUGCGCAUUCCGGUGCUCAUGAUCUCUUAUCAAUGUAUGCUAGCGAUUAACAAUACAUAUCCAGCUAGUCAGGGGUAUAUCGUACAGAUUAAAGUGUCGCCGGGUUACUAUGACCUGUUUCGCUACCUUAUUCCAUUCGUAGUAGUCGUAGGAUUCUGCUUUAUUGUUCUUCUGAUCAGUUUGAUAUUGAAGGCGAUUCGAUUGUGCCGUGAGCGCAGGCGCGUCGCUCGAAAACGUCUAUCGAAACGGAAUCUCCGCAAGAUUCCGACAAAAAAGUUUCGCAAAGGAGACGAACCUGAAACGUGCGCCAUAUGUCUGGAUGACUUUAUCGAGGGGGAAAAGCUGCGUGUUUUGCCAUGUCGCCACACGUAUCAUUGCAAUUGCAUCGAUCCAUGGCUGACUCAAAACCGUAAAGUUUGUCCCAUGUGUAAACGACGUGUCGGCGCAAAGAAUUCGGAUUCUGAAUCUAGUGACGAGGAAAGGCGACAGGAGGUAGCGUCCCUUGUUUCUUAA